UAAAGAAAUCGAACGGCUCACGUUUGACAGCACUACUCCCGUAAAUAGGCACAGAAAUCUCCAGUUUGUGCCAUAAAUGUUCCAGUUCUAUAAUCUUCUCUCACUAGGUUUUCUAAUCAGACAAAACGGCCGCGAUUCAUAAAAAACCUGUGAAUUGAAUCAUCGUUCGAUAGAUUUGCGAACCUCUAUGUUCGUUUAAUCGAUCGAUUUGGUUCAAUAUCUGCAAGUUUUGUGUAAAAUAAGUGGUUAAACAGUUGAAUAUUAGUGGAAUAGCAAGCAAUCAUGUUUUUGGUCGAUUGGUUCUAUGGAGUUCUUGCAUCGUUAGGUCUAUGGCAGAAGGAAGCUAAGAUCUUGUUUCUAGGGCUCGAUAAUGCUGGAAAAACCACUUUGCUUCAUAUGUUGAAAGAUGAGAGACUAGUUCAGCACCAGCCUACACAGUAUCCAACUUCUGAAGAACUGAGUAUUGGGAAAAUUAAGUUUAAGGCUUUCGAUUUGGGAGGACAUCAGAUCGCUCGCCGAGUCUGGAAAGAUUAUUACGCGAAGGUGGAUGCUGUAGUCUACCUGGUGGAUGCAUAUGACAAGGAAAGAUUUGCAGAGUCAAAAAAAGAACUGGACGCACUUUUGUCCGAUGAAUCAUUAGCUACAGUACCUUUCUUGAUUCUUGGCAACAAGAUUGACAUCCCUUAUGCUGCCUCAGAAGACGAGCUUCGACACUUUAUGGGCCUAACUGGUUUGACCACGGGCAAGGGUAAGGUGAAUCUUGAAAACACAUCUGUUCGGCCCCUCGAGGUGUUCAUGUGUAGCAUUGUAAGGAAAAUGGGUUAUGGUGAUGGGUUUAAGUGGGUCUCUCAGUAUAUCAAGUGAAGUAAAAAGAAGUGAUUUGGUUUGAUAUGUUUGAAAAGUGUUGUUUUCCAGUAGUGGACCAAGUGUUUGCAAAUACUUUGUUACAUACAUGUUUGUCAGUUUGUGUAAUGGUAACUUUGGUUAUGGAAGUGGUAAUUUUUACCAAUUAUGCAAUGCAUGAUAUACA